AUGGACACGCAGUUUCCUGUGAUGAAUGGCAGCAAUAAGUGUCCGCUUUGUCGUCGGACAAUUGACGCCAAUGUCUUAAAUCGACCGAAAUUUGUGAGGAAUGGCACGAAUGGCGACCGUCCGUCCGAUGCCUUCAAUUCCGUGCAAUGGUUUUACGAGGGGAGGAAGGGGUCGGGAUUCUGGGCCUAUGACCACAAGAACACUCAGAUCCUCGAACAGGCCUUCGCUGGCGACCAGAAGAUGUGUGAAAUAAUGAUAUCUGGAGUGAUCUAUUGCGUGGACUUUGUCCGUCACGUGCAGUACCGGAAGUACGAGCCCUCCCGCAAGAGGGCUGUCAAGAGAGACCUCCUGUCCAACAUAGAUAAGGCCAAAGGGAUCGCCGGUGUCUCCAAGUAUUUGGUUCGCGAUCUAUUCGCUGCCAAUCACUCCACUAGUGAUCCAAACAACGCGAGUAAUGCCGAACCCAAUCCAUCCAAUGAUGGCAACCAAUCAGUUGAUAAUAUUUCAGCCGAUUUUGCGGCAGAUGGUGACGAAAGUGAGGAACCGAUGGCUAAAAAGAUUAAAGUGGAGGUUAAGGGAGAACCCGAUUCCACGUCUGACCACUAAAUUGUGUGACUUUUAUUCAAAACCAAUGGACAGUAUUUUUGUAAAUUGAAUUUUCAUUUCUUAUAUGUUUUACUAUUUG